AUGGAAGAUUUUGGGAGAUGCUUGGAGAGGCAAGAGAGAGAAACAAAUGAGAGAAGCCGUAGGGUAGAUGAAAGAAAUAUGUUGCAGAGAGAAGAAGAUGAACAAGUUGUCAUAGCAGUGGCUUUGCUUGAUGAAAAGAACCAAGGUCAUCGCCCUGGUUCACAAGUCGGCCGUCGCGGAAUGUGGACAGACAUAGACAUUCUCGGGUGUGAUGCUGCUAGGGUUUUGGGACUUCUUCCGGAGCAAAAGCUUACAGCUGUUAUACGAAUGUUGGCGUAUGGAGCAUCUGCUGAUCAGGUGGAUGAGAUUGCUCGGAUGGGGAAGUCCACUACGUUGGAGGCCUUGGUAAGAUUUUGUGAUGCAGUUGAAACUCUGUACACUAGGGACUACCUGCGCAGACCUACUCCCAAGGACCUCCAACGGCUUCUACAAAAAGCCGAAGCUCGAGGAUUUCCAGGAAUGAUUGGUAGCAUCGACUGCAUGCACUGGCAAUGGAAGAAUUGCCCAACUGCCUUGCAAGGUGAUUACGGAAAUAGAAAAGGCUAA